AUGGAACCUGAGGACUUUGAUUCUGAGGACAAAGGGAUAUUAAGCUGGGAUAUUAAUGAUAUAAAACUGCCACAGGAUGUGAAAAAGACUGACUGGUUCCAAGAAUGGCCGGAUUCCUACGAAAAGUACAUCUACAGCUCAGAGGACAGGAACGCACAGAGGCACCUGAGCAGCUGGGCCAUGCGCAACACCAACAACCACAACUCGCGCAUCCUCAAGAAGUCCUGCCUGGGCGUGGUGGUGUGCAGCCGGGACUGCUCUGCCAAGGAGGGCCGCAAGAUCUACCUGAGACCUGCGAUCUGUGACAAGGCCCGGCAGAAGCAGCAGAGGAAACGCUGCCCCAACUGCGAUGGGCCCCUGAAGCUGAUUCCUUGCCGAGGCCAUGGGGGCUUCCCGGUCACCAACUUCUGGAGGCAUGAAGGACGCUUCAUAUUUUUCCAGUCAAAGGGAGAACACGAUCAUCCAAAACCAGAAACCAAACUGGAAGCCGAGGCCAGAAGAACAAUGAAGAAAGUGAACCUGGCAUCUUCCUCCAUCACCUUAAAGCUGAACAGGGGCCCCGAGGCAAAGUCUGUUCCAGGUGAAACGCAAAGUUGGGGAAGUUUACCUUUAACCUGGUCUUUCCAGGAAGGCAUCCAGCUGCCUGGCAGUGACAGUGGACAUUUAACGGCUAGCACCCCCCAGCAGAAGUCACCGAAUGAUUGCUUAUUUAAGAGCUAUGGUUUGGGGGGAGCCGCUGAGCUGACAGACCCCACUUCUACCGUGGGCCCUACUGAGCUCUAUGAGAAAUGCAAAGCGUCCAAUAGUCGGAUCUACGGCAGCGGAGACCUGCUUCAGCCUCCUGUCUCUGGAGUCCUCUCUGAUUACAAUGAUCUGCAAACAUGGAAUAAAAACGCUGCUCUGGGGAGAAAUCCUCUCAAUGACAACGGGUGUCCCAGUUACCCUUUCCCCCAGACCAGCUGGCCUUAUGACUUCUCCCCUCCCCAGAACUCUUUAGAACCCCUUUCCCAGCAGAUUCCUGUGGAACCACCUGUGGCCAAAACUGGCUGCCACCCACUAUGGCCAAAUCCAGGGGGCGAUCUUUAUGAAGAGAAGGUGCAUAUGGAUUUUAACAACUACUACCCUUCCAGCACGUGCCAUUCGCCUCAGGAAGACCCCUUCCUCUUCACUUAUACCUCUUACGCUCACCAUCAGUAUUCGCUGCCAGGCAAGAGCAGCAAGUGGAAUUUUGAUGAAGAAGUGAGGUACAUGGGUUUGGAUCACUACAGCAACGAAAUGCUUCUAAACCUCUGUCCUUUACGAUGA